GCACACUUGACACUUGUAUUUUGUUAUAGGUAUAGGUUAUGUUAGCCGUAUUUGAUUGUAAAUAUACUUCCGAUUUGUUAUUUUGCGUAUUUCCAAAAGAUAUUAAUUCCUUUCUCUUUUUGUCAUUGUUACAACCUGAUUGUGACUAUCUAGAUAGUGUUUAUCAUCUGCUAAAGCUAUUCAGCGCAAAACUUGAAAGGACUAGGUGCAAGAGUACCCUUCAUUGAUUAAAGUCUAAUGGAAACUUUGUAGUCGUCAAUAUAGUGCCAUUAAUAUUACUUCCAUAUCAUGGACCGGAACAAGCCAACAUCAGGUACAAGAGGACCUAAAUCUAAAAUCACCCAACAGCUACCAGAUUCAUUUAUCGCUCUGGGGGCCAAAACCCAAACAGCUGCCAGGGAUGAUCCUAAAAGAACAGUUCCUUUGCCGAAGUCAGCUGUGAGCUCUCAUAGUAUCCCAGGGACAAGUAAAGCCCCUGUAGAUAAGCUUAAAAGAGAAGGCAGUUCCUCAAGCCUCGUGAAUCUUCCUGCAUCGAAAAAAUUGAAAGUCAAUAUGCCAGGUUCUAGACCAGGAAUAUCAAGCUGUAAUUUGCUCACAAUGGAUAGGACAGGAAGUCAGUCUCCAGGUGUAGAACCUUGGGAGUCUUUAGUUGUGGAAUGUGAUAUAAAUGAUCUGUUUGAGAAUAUUGUAGCUCAGAUUAAUCAAGAUAACACUGAAAAAGCAGUUGGCUAUCUCUUAGGUCUGAUAAAAUCUCUAAAGAAUCAGCGCUCGAAACCACCCAAGCAGGCUUAUUCAGUAUUUUUCUUGGUUGGCACUUGUAAACCAGCAAUUUACAUGAAUCAGCACGUUGUAAACGCAAUGUUGGGGAUUUUAAGAAGAGAUGUUAAUGCUGGACUGAAAGGGUUAAAUAAGGGCAACCCGCUCUUUCAUAAAAUCUUUUUGAAUCUGCUUGCGCAUGCCUAUUCGGAAGUUAAUAAUUGGCCAGACAUGUUUGUCAAGUUGUACGUUGAAGAUGCAGUGGGCGAUAGGGUUUUUGUAGACAGUCCAGUAUGCAAACCGUUUGUAGACAACAUAAUCACAGCAUUCAAUACAAAAGUGCCCCCAGCUUCUCUUUUGAAGUCUGAAAUAUGGUCGUCUACUGCUAGAGACACUUCCAGUCCUCUUACUGUCAGUGGCAAUGAAGAAGAUGAAGUUUGUAGCGAUGAGAGAGCCAUAAUCGAGUCAUGGACUCCUAAAGUUUACCCCAGGUAUACACAAUCGCAGGAGAAGGUGGAGCAAUUCGUACUGGAAGCCAUCAAGGAACAGUUAGCACGAAGACAGCAACCUGAAACUCAAACGAAAAACUUUGUACGCUUCUUAAGCACAGCGUGUGGAUUGUGCGAGAUCCGAAUUAUUGCUGUAUCUAGGAUUGAAACCUGGCUACAUAACCACAAAUUGAUGAAACCUGCACAGGAAUUACUUGCAUAUCUCUGUUAUAAUUGUUCGGCAAAUUCGCAAAGGGAUUUAGAAGUUAUCUCGCAACUUAGCAAAUUGAGACUGAAAAAUAAACCGAUGUUGAACUAUUUCAAUAAUUGCCUGAGAGAAAUGGUGCAGUUUGCUCCAGAGAACUUAUACCCUCUCUUGAAAUACACCAUAUACAAUGAACUGAGCAAUGCAAGAAACGCGAAUAACUUGGUUGUUGUUGGAGCAUUGUUUCAAGUUGCUCCGGAUGCUAGCGCUGACGCCUUCGCUGAUAUCUGUCUGGAGUUGCUGCUGAACAAAGACGAUUAUCUCCGUUCUCUAAGAGCUCUCUUGAAAGAAAUCAACCGGGUGCUACGCCACGAGCUAAACCUUGUUGCAAUAGUGCGUUCGCUGUUGAGAGAAAGAAAAGAUUUUGCCACUAGCGUUCAGGAGCACGAGUUCAAGGAAAGAAUAUUGCUAUCCAUUGUGGACUUAGUAUGUGUUUGUCAACUUCUAUACGUCAGCCCACAGGUCAGAGAUGCAGCCAGUCAGAGUAAAAGAGACGCAUCGGUCCUGAAGCAGUUCCAACAACAAGUAAGCAAAAUACAGAAAGAAUGUGUCACAUGGUUACACGACUCUGUAUUAAAAUUAUUCAGACCGAAUCCUACCGACUUCAUAUAUGCCCUGAGGAAGGUCUUAUUUUUGGAACAAGCUGAACACUAUUACAAGAUCGAUUCAUGGCCUGGCGAAAAUGAAAGGAACCUCUUUUUCAGAUUGACGAGUGAGGUACCCUUGCUCCAGACUACCUUAAUACGAGUUUUGCUAAUCGGUUUGUCCAAAGAACAUCCUGUAUCAGCUCCUGAAGUGAUAGAUAUAUGCGAUUUGCUGAUAAAAAGAGCAGCAAACAUUUCACAAGACUGCGCUCCGCCGCUGGUGAUUGACAAACUCGAUGUUGUGGAUUUCUUUUUCAAUCUGUGCAUCUACAACUAUCCAGAGAAUAUUACAUUACCUCCGAGAUACGUUCCGCCAAAGUUGGCUAUAAGCAACUUGUAUUGGAAAUCGUGGUUGAUGUUACUCAUACUUGCUGCACAUAAUCCUCUUACUAUUGGGAGCUUGUCGUGGAGUAAAUACCCCAUGCUGAGGAUGUUUAUGGAGAUGUGUAUAACGAAUCACUUCACGUUUCCACCCCCGACUUCCCUAGAAGACGAUUAUGCUUCAAGAGAGCCUCAGGUCCUUACAUUAGAGAAACACGUAAUACUGGAGUUCGAGACCCAUCUAGCAGCUGCUAGUACCAAGAUGCAGAUAACGGAGCACACCAGUUUGUUGUUGCCACAACUGAUGGAGCUGAGUCCGACGGGAGAAGCAAGGAGACCCCCUCAGGCGAUACUCGAACAACUGCAGACUUUGAACGAUACUCACAGGCUAGGCCACCUCUUGUGCCGUUCUCGUCGUCCCGACUUCCUUCUGGAUAUAAUGUCCCGUCAAGGGGGCACGGCUCACAUGCCAUGGUUGGCGGAACUAGUUCACAACUCGGAAGGAGCGUUAGGUCAUCUACCCGUCCAGUGCCUUUGCGAAUACCUUUUAUCAACUGCUCCAGCUGAGAAACUCACAAGACACCAACAGGUUUUACAACACUUGAAAGCUGUAGUUAAUGGAAGCGAUCCACAAACUGCCUGCGAAGUAUUGGAGUACCUCUUUAGGAGAUUGACUGCAGAUCAUGCUGCUAGCAGGACGCAAGCGACCAAAGGACUGUGCUUAAUCUUAUCGCCUACGGACGACGUCGAAGUUUGCAAUGAAAACUCUUCAAUAUGGAUCACCAGCUACAUAACACUGUUUAAACAUUUUCUCCUGGUUCGACCAAUUGUGACUCAAUUCCUCAGACAAGCACUUCAGAUAGAAACAGAUCCAGUACGAGUGAGCAGUUACAUCAAUUUUUUGUCCCUGCAAGAUUCCUACGAAGCAUUUGUUGAGCUAAAUGAGCUCAUCACUGAUUUGUCUUCUGUGGUGAUUGAGAGACAUAGUGUGGCAUCGUACGUUUUACCCGGGGAAAACAACGCUACGUUGAAGAAUUUGUUGCAAAUUUUCUGUUUGUACACUCAAAAAGCCAAGGAAAAUGGGGAAGAGAGCUAUACGAUACAUCAGAGCUAUGGUAACGAGUAUGUCAUAGUAUCCUGGGCAACUGGCGAACAGUGUGCAAUGCAACCACUCGUGAUUCACGCAACUAUAGUUUUGCUGACUUACGGACCUCUAGAUGAUUUUGAGCCAUUCAAUUUGUUACUUCACAGUUGGUUCCCAGAAAAUAUGGAACAUCCCAGAGCGUACAGUCCUGAGACCUCUGAAACUACGUCAUAUUUACCCGAUUGGAUGAAGCUUCGCAUGAUCAGAUCCAACGUGUCACGUCUAGUGGAUGCUGCGAUAGAAAAACUGGAACCUCCAAAGUUAGUUCUGUUCAUCCAAUCGUUCGGUAUACCGACGAGUUCUAUCAGCAAACUGCUCCACACCUUGGACAAAGCUACGAUUUUGGAUCCGAAAUUAGUUGUGGACUCCGUUUUGGACAAAACGUACAUGAUCCAAUUAGUCGAAGUGCAAAACAAACGAGGAGCAGUUGGUGGAGAAACCUUUGUUAAAGCUAUCGAGAUGCAAAUGCCGGUGGUCGCUGAUGUGGAUAUAGAAGCAGAUUUGAAUAUCAAACAAGAUUUACCAGAACAGCUGAAAAAACCUACAAAGAUAUCAUCUAACGAGGAAGUUAUAAAAAGCUUGAACGAGCUCUUAAAUCCACAUUUUCAAGGAGAUAAAAACGUCAUAAUUAUGUCUUUGGUAAAGAAAAUUACCUUUGAUAGAAGCUGUUCCGAGCAAGUAUUCAAUUCCAUAAAAUCUGUACCAAUAAACUUCGUCUCACCAGUCUUUGAUGCCUAUAAUUGUUCUGUCACGUUACUUCGUCUAUUAUUCACUACCAAGGAUGAGGAAAGAUUAAGUUACGCUAAACAACUAGUGAUUUCAAUACAAAACAAUCACUGCAAGACCAUCCUAAAUAACUACAUAAAAAAAUACGGCGAUGAUAAAGCUCAGCGAAAAAUUAGGAAGGAACAAGAAAAUGCGAAUGAGGUCCUGUUACCCGAGAAACCCGAGGAAAUAAAUAAAACGCUUAAUAAGCUCUUAUCGGAGCAGGAGUCCAGUGAAGAAAAAAUGGGAGUUCUUGUCGAUUGGUUGUCGGCUAUUGAGUUAGAGUCAGCUUUUUCAGAUAAGUAUAAAUUACAGAUGGAUUUGCUGUUUUCCAAACAAAAUUAUCAGUUUCGUCCUCUGAUGAUGUCUCUUCUUCUCCAACGAGCCAGCUGGAAAACUCUUCACGGUAUGAUGCUCUGUCUUCUGAAAGAUAACGUUUCCAACAUUUUUCCCGUAUCGGCACUUGAUUUCUUGACGGCCGUGACUAAGAGCCCGAAACUGUGGCAGGGCAGAGAUAAAGCUAUUCCGAAGCAUGCGCAUGCUGAAGAUGUGCUACAUUUGAGUAAAGAACAGGCUUUGAUAAUGGUAAAAUAUAUAAUAGAAGAGGCACGACUAAACUCAAAAGACUGGCAAAAUAAGUUAGAGAUUCGUUUGCUGUUGUUACAAAAAUGUCUUAGUGCAGACAGUGCUGUACACAUUGUGCGAACAUUGCUGGAACAACCUGACAUGGAUAUAUACAGUUGUGAAUUGCUGUUGAUGAUAUACAUGUCGCUGCCAUUUGCCGGUCAACACGAAAUUGAUAUGAAGUCGGAAAUUUGCAAAAACGUCUACAAGAAGGCUAUACCUAGUGCCACUGAUGAAAUAUCGCAUUAUUUAUUGAGUGCUUUAGCGGCCGUCUAUAAAUGUAAUAAUUUCUCGAAGAGAGCCAGAGAUCUGGAAACCUGUGUUAGAAAACUAGCUGCUACACAUCCAGUACUUUUGCUUAGGCAGUUACCUAUGCUAGCAGGAUGUCUCAAAGGUCGUGUGGAAUACACAACAAAUGUGUUCAUCAACAGGGGUCACUACACUCUGUUCAAGCAGGUUCUAGGCCUCAUGGAACUUCUUCAGCCUCAUAUUUUCGAACAGUAUGAUACACUGUGUAACAUUUUAGACACAUAUUUUCUACUUAUUCGUUAUCACGGAACCCAUAAAGAUGUCCAGGUGGUGGUGUCUAGAAUAGUUACUUUAGUACAAAACUGGAUGGUCAAGGAUUGCAAGGGAGUUUCAGCGUUUUUGCAGAAACACGGAGAAAUGCUGAAUGAUGUACAAUUCAGUCAGCCUCGUGUGAAGCCUCUACUGAGCUGCGUUUCUUUGCCCACCUCUGUAGAUCAAGACCCCAAUGAGGUCUUGGUAGGAUCAAUCAGUCAGUCAAUGCCUGAGCAAUUUCCACCACAAUGGAAUCAACUAAAAUUGGCUCUGCAGUCUCAAGACGCUCAUACUGCGUUGUACGAGAUCGACCAUAUCACAAACAGAAAACCACAGUUUCUCGAAGAUAUCUGUGAUAGAAUAUACGAUUGCAUCACUUCGUCGAAUGGCCAAAUACGAACGCUAGCAUUAGCGAUGAUGGUACGCUGGCUCAAAUAUAACCCCAGAGCCGCGAGUUCAGCACUGCCUGCACUUUUAGCCGCGUUGGAAAGUCAAAAUGGCGACAUCGUUAAUAGUGUGUUGGAUAGAUUGGCCGAUUUAGUAGCUGUCAUGCAAGAAUACGCCAAAGUUAUAUUAGACAGAGUAUUUCGGUUGAGUUCCCAAGGAAACAGUAUCACGAGGAGUGUGGAUUUGUUAAAUUUGCAAAGAGGCUGUUGAAAUGUUUGUAUUUUUAUUAUAGAAUUGUAUAAAGUAUUAAAGUAAAAUAUAUUGUUUUUGUGAACCAUCCAGAUA